UACCCAUACCCACCCAUGCCCAUUGGGUAUGAGUGGGUACGUGGGUGGGUGUGGGUAUGGGCACCCAAUCCAGAGCUCUGUUCAACAACCAUGCAGAUUCUGGUUGAGCAGCGUACUAGAAAAAACAGGAUGGACGGUCAUGAUGGUUGCUUGUCGCCAUUCUCAUGGUUUAUCAUAUGCCUGCGCGCCCGUGAUCUAGGGUUAAGGUCCCCUUCGUUGUUCAGAGCAAUGGGGAGCGGGGUUCCGGAGGGGGAGGUACCAGUCACAGGGCUUCUCAUAAUGGCAGCGUCGAUGAUGCCGGCGUAUGUCUAUGUUGUGGUGGUUCUCCUCCUCCUUGUUGUGAUCCUUUACGGUUUUCUCGAGUUCCAUUUCAUUGGAGAUUUAUUUCGUGGAUUCCGGGGAGAUCGUGUGAAUCUUACGUUCGAUCCCAGGUCCAUGAUCUACGAGAAUGUCGUCUCCAAGUGUCGGGUUCUCCAGGGGAGGUACUUGGCAACGCUGUGGCUUUCCAGUCCCCAUUUACAGAUCGCCUUUCUGACUUUAUACGGGAGGCCUCCUGUCUUUACUUACAGAAGGCAACUUUUCUCUGUAUCUGAUGGUGGAACUAUUGCUUUGGAUUGGCUGCUUGCUUCUGAUGUUGCAGGUGGUUCUUUGGACAAUGGUAGGAUCAUCUCUAAAGAGGAUAUUACCCCAAUUGUUAUUGUGGUGCCUGGCCUAACCAGCGAUUCGUCUUCUGCUUAUGUAAAGCAUUUAGCUUACAAGAUAGCAAAGCGUGGUUGGAAUGUUGUUGUUGAAAACCAUCGUGGGCUUGGCGGUGUUUCCAUAACUUCUGAUUAUUUUUACAAUGCUGGUUGGACAGAAGAUAUACGAGAAGUUGUCAACCAUCUUCAUCAGAAAUACUCUAUGGCUCCUAUCUUUGCUGUUGGAACAAGCAUUGGCGCCAAUAUUCUGGUCAAGUAUCUUGGAGAGGAAGGGGAGAAAACUCCAGUUGCUGGGGCCGCAUCUAUUUGUUCUCCAUGGGAUCUUGUGGUUUGUGAUAGAUUCAUUAAUCGCAGACUUGUCCAGCGGUUCUAUGAUAGAGCUCUCACAAUUGGUCUCAAAGGUUAUGCCCAAUUACAUCAGCCUGUCAUGACACGUCUUGCAAAUUGGGAUGGCAUCAGGAAGUCACGUUCUGUUCGGGACUUUGAUAACCAUGCCACAUGCCUAGUUGGAAAAUUUGAGACUGUGGAUACAUACUACCGCCGUUGUAGUAGUGUUAGCUACGUAGGGAACGUAUCAGUUCCAUUGCUCUGCAUAAGUGCUUUGGAUGAUCCCGUAUGUACCAAGGAAGCGAUUCCUUGGGAUGAGUGCAGAGCAAACAAGAAUAUUAUUCUGGCAACAACAGUCCAUGGAGGUCAUCUUGGAUAUUUUGAAGGGAUAACUGCAAGCAGCGUAUGGUGGGCAAGAGCUGUCGAUGAGUUUCUCUCUGUUCUGCAUUCUGGCCCGUAUAUGCAUGGACAGAAGAUGGAGAGCCCUGAUCUAUAUACUCCACUGGAUUCUUCCAUUGAUAAAAGCCCAUAUAUAAAUUUGACAAAAGAUGGAUUAGUUACUGCAAUGAGAAGUAGAACAGAAGAUGAAGACAUUGCUGGUGAAAAUGAUGAGCAGGGAGACAUUGAAGCAGAAGCUGUAAGUGGAGCCAUUGAUAUCACAGCCAGUGGAGCCAUUGAUACUCCUUCAUUAAUGUCUUUGCGUCCGGGUCAGACGGAAGACGAAAAUGCAGGUGUCCGAACUCCCAAAGAUGCUUCUGCCACAUCAAUGAAGACAUGCCUCAAGCAGCUUUCAAGGCAAAGCCAAAAAUCAUUGUGGUUACUUGCUUACAUAGCCAUCGUCUCAUCGUGGCCCCUGGUUGGCUCUGCUCUUCUUUUUGUAUUUAGGAGUAAGCUGAAGGGCGUUUUGCCCCAUUCAGUACGCAGAGGAUAAAUGAUACGAAAAGUAGAUAUCGUAUGCACUAAAAACUGGUGGUUCUCGUUUCACAAAUGAAUAUAGAAUAAACAAAUAUAUCAGCUGGGGUAUUAGAUGAUUUCCUUUCUCUUCCUCUGCAAAUCACAUGCCGUUGUAAUAUAUAAAAAGGCAGCAUUGUUGUGAAACUCGAAUGCAAAGUAUUGCUUCUAAAAUAUAAAUUUACUGGUGGCUUCAUCAUA